UUUACUUGUAAAAGUUUCCAAUUACUUACAUAAUACAUAAUAAUUUUCUUCCAAACAUAAUAUAGAUAUGUUUAAAGAGCUCUUUUAUUAACACAAAAAUCAACAUGGUACGUGUAAUCACAGUACAUAAUUUUUUGGGGCAAAAUAUCACUCAAAUCGAGGAGCCAACUGCAAGCUGUAUAGCAAAUACAUCUGGACAUGAAAUGCUUCUUUUAGCAUUAUCAACUCAUUGUGUUGAAGUCUGGGAAUUGAUGAUAUCUGACAUUAAGCUAUAUACUGUAUUUCCAACAGUUGAUAUGAUUAAUCAAAUGGUUCACUGCACAAAGGGAGAUUAUGUUGUGACAUUAGAAUCAAAAUUAUCCAGAGAUCCAAGCAUUAAUAAUCAUAUAGGGAAAACAGUUAAUAAUUUUGUUAGGGUCUAUGUUAACUGGGCUACUGUGAAAGAUCAAAGUCAACCUAUGCGUGCUAGAAUAGCAGGACGUGUUACUCCAAGUUUAAACCGACCAUUGAAUAGCUUAGAGAUGAUAGAGUUGCCAUUAAGUGUACAACCUACAUUAAUUGCUUGCUGUCAAAGUACUGGCAAUCUUCUAGUGGCUGCAGGGAAUAGUGCCAUUCUACAUGAAUUCAAAAUUGAAACACAACAAGUGUCAAAGAUGAAGUUUAUAGAUUUUGAGGCACGACCAUGGUCUUUAGGAUUCUCAUUUCCUCCCACACAUAUGGAGAUUGUUGAAGAUUUUAUAUCAGUUAUGGAUAAAACAAAUUUAUGUAUUUUUCGACUGACUAAUUCAAUGUAUGAAGAUAUUGAUCAACUGAGUUCAUUAACUUCCACCAACUCUUCAUCCAUUGAUAAAACAUCUAUAUCCACUGACUCCUCCCUUGUGGAAAAUAGCAAUAAUACAGCUAAUCAAGAUGAUAACGCAAUAUUGCAAGGAAAAAAUUCAAAGCGUAAAACUUCUAGUCAAGAUCUUCAUUUCAUUGUAUCUGAAAACAAUGACUCUAGUGGAAUAAGCACAAAAUUUAAAAGUAGGAAGCAUAGAAGUUCUAAAACAAGUAUAUGGAGUAAAUUGGAGACAGGAGAUUUCAGGAAAAUAAAAUCUAAUAAUAACGAUACUAUUAUAAAUUUAGAUCAUUUAAUGUACAAUGAAAGAGAUGAAUUACGAAGAUUAAUUGAUCAAGAAGUUGUAGAUGGAAAUUCACAAGCCCUGACUAUAAAUUUGCCAUCUAUAAGUUUGGAAAGAGCAGGACCUGGACAUACAUUAAGUCCUUUCAUAUUAAACCCUUCAGAUAUAAGGAUUAUAAUUAAAACAAGUUCUCCUGAUUUAGGAUGGUCAGAAAAUUAUACAAUAAAAAAUUUAUUGUCACUUAAAACAGUGGCAGCUAAUAAUAAACUUGAUGGUUGUAAUAAUUCUUGUGUAAAGAAAUCAAUCCUAAGAUCAGAUAAAUACACAUACUUGCAGGGUGUAAGCUGCUUUUUGUGCACAUUGCAAGAAGGAUAUCUUUACCACUUUUCUGCUACUAGUUCAAAUCCUACAGAUGCAGCUUGUUUAACUACUUAUCCAUUUACCGCACCUGUUAAUUAUGUAGCAUUGGAACAUACUGCUUUGCAUGCAUUGACCGAGGCUGGCCUUGAAUCUUAUACACUACGUUUAUCUCAUCACAUUGCAAGAACAUCAAAUAACAUAAAUAAUUUAAGAAUCACAUGUCCUAGUGUCUCUGAGCCUGUUUGUUUAAUUGGAUUAAGACCAUUUUUGGGGAUACAACGACUAUUACAUAGCAAAAAUUAUCUAAUACUUUUAGCCAGAGCUGAAAAUUCAUGGACUUUAUACUCUUUAAUUUUACCUAAAUUGGAAAAUUUAUAUUACGAUAUCUUAAAUGCAGCAAGGAGUCAUAAGUCUUCUAGUCCCAGCACGUACCGUCAUUUGUUAGGAGAAGCUCACGCUUUAAUACGUUUAGCCAAAGAUACCGUGUAUAAUUGCUCAGACAUUAGUGAAUUUGACGAUAUCGCAAAUAAAAAUGGGUUGAAAUUGAAAAACUUGUAUAAUCAAUCAUGCGCAUUGCUUGGAGACUAUUAUAUUCGUUCUGAGUACGAAUCGGAUUGGGAUCUUUGUAUACCUUAUUACAAAAUGUCAGGAUUAAAACCUUCAGAAGUAUUAUCUAGAAAAUCAAGUCAAGAUGCCCCGGGUCUCGUUACGUAUUUAACGGACGUUCUUUUUACAAUGAAGAGUGGUUCGGAAGCUGAUGCGUUAUUUCAGGGGUUUAAUAUCGUAGAAAUAAUAUGUAAAUUAAAAAAAUCGGACUUAUUGAAAUUGAUCUUCAGUAGUCCUGUAUUGCGCGAGUACACCACAGAAAAGUUAAUACAUCUUUUGUUAUUAUAUGAAACGGAUGAAUUAGAUAAGUUAGCGUUGGCACUCUUAUACAUACAAGCUGAAAAGCAAGAACAAGCAGAGAAAAUACUUGAACCAGUUUCAGCGUUGUGUAUUAAAAAAAUAGUUUUAGAACAUUGGGAUCUAUUAUUUGACAUGACGGCAAUGAAAAAGAGAAGUCCAAUGAUUCCAACAUUUUCGGAUUUUGCCGGAACGUUAAUGCGCCAAAAAAAUUCAACUUUUGCCGAAAUUUUAAUACAAAUUAUAGAAGACGAUGGAAUUUUAUCUCUUCAUCAAAUUAUACAGGUGUUUUUAGAAUAUUUGCCAUCAAGAGUAGGACGGGACGGGCAUAAUGCAGCAAUGACAUUACAAGUUUUCCUUGAAAAAUAUCUUCAUAACUACUUUAGUACAAAAUUGUUUAUAGAUUCGUCUGUUAUAAAUAAAAAUCAAAUACGCACGGAUUUCGCUCUGGUUGAAGCAUUUAAGUUACUAGUACGAUCAUAUUUAGGCAAAUUAACUCAAACAAAAGUGUACAAAAUAGAAAAUAAAAAAAAUUAUGAUAACUUCAUAUUCGAGAAGUUUAGACCCCAUUAUUUAAAUGGGAUGCCGCCGUAUGCGAAAGAUUAUCAAAAAGUUUUGAAUGUGUGUGAUUUACAAGAUAUAGCUGAUAUUGAUAAGACUGACUCUAUAAAAACUAUACCAAGGGAAUUAUUUAAAUUACAAUCCAUAUUAUCUUGUGAUUUUAUACCAAAUGAGUGCUUGUAUGAAGUUAAACAAUUUCUUCAAACACAAGAAAUUGAUGGCAGUUUAUCUUUAAAAACAUUGUGUAUUCAAAAUACAGAAGAAGCUACAGCGCUUCUAAUGGACAAUUGUCCUCAAGCAGUUGUGCAAUAUGCACAGGAUAUGUAUACUAAAGAUUCGGAAUGGAAGUAUUUAAUUGAGUUAACACAAAAUAAAAUUUCUUCGUCAAACACUCGACAAGAAUUGCAAUGCCUGUAUACGCAAAUUAUGAAAGCAAUUUUAAACUAUCUGCCACAUACAUUAUCAUUGAAAAGUCUACAUCGUGUUCUUCCUAAAGAUGAUGUACUAACAUUCCAAAAAUGCAGCGAAAUGUGUAAUCAAAUUAUGCACGCCGAACAUGUUAAAUCUUUAAUAAUAGAAACUAGUCAACAACUUUUAUCAACUUUAAAAUUGUGAGCGAUAGUUUCAAUUGAUCAAUUUCAUCGUCGUUUGGCGAUAG